GUGCUUGUGUCAGGUCUUCGGCAGACCCAGUUAUGCUGAAGAAGGGCUGGCUGUGGGGGCUGGGUUCAGGGCUGCUGCUGCUCUGGCUGAGUGCCGGGCUGAGGCCUGUGCAGGGUGGCCGGGUUCUGGUCAUGCCUGUUGAAGGCAGUCACUGGCUUAGCAUGAAGGUACUGGCCACAGAACUGGCCCGAAGAGGUCAUGACGUUCUGGUCCUGGUGCCUGAGAAAAACAUCUUGAUCCAGAGUUCAGAGCUCUUCCGUACUGAGACUUUUCCGGUAAAGAUAUCCAAGGAGCAACUGUCAAAGAGUUUGAAAGGAUUUCAGCAGGGAGUCUUCACACGUAGCCCUGCGCUGAUGGACGUCUUCGUACAACUGGAGCGGCUGUUGAACUUCACGGGAUCGCAGGUAGAAGGAUGUGAAUCUCUGCUUUACAAUGAACCAUUGAUGCGGAAGCUGAAGGAGCAGAACUUUGAAUUGAUGCUCACCGACCCAUUCCUUCCCUGUGGACCUAUUAUUGCUACAGCACUCGGGGUCCCUGCAGUCUACUUCCUCCGUGGGAUGCCUUGCGGAAUUGACUUGUUGGCUUCACAGUGUCCUUCCCCUCCAUCAUAUGUACCUCGGUUUCAUUCUGGCACCUCUGACAAAAUGAACUUUGUGGAACGCAUUCGCAAUUUUUUCAUGAGUGGCUUCGAACUGGUUUUGUGUAAAGUAAUGUACGCCAGUUUUGAUGAACUAGCUGCAAGAUACUUGAAGAAGGAUGUGACGUACAAGGAGAUCAUUGGCCGAGGAGCUCUUUGGUUGCAUAGAUAUGAUUUUACAUUUGAGUAUCCCAGGCCUAUCAUGCCAAAUAUGGUCUUCAUUGGGGGCAUCAAUUGUCAGAAGAGUGCUGAAAUUUCUGCAGAGGUGGAGGAAUUUGUCAAUGGUUCUGGAGAGCAUGGCAUUGUGGUGUUCAGUCUGGGUUCUUUGGUGUCCUCCAUGCCAAAGGAAAAAGCUGACAUCUUCUUCAAGGCUUUCAGUAUGAUUCCACAGAGGGUGUUGUGGCGAUAUACGGGUGAGAUCCCUAAUAAUGUCCCUGAAAAUGUCAAACUGAUGAAAUGGCUUCCACAGAAUGACUUGCUUGGUCACCCCAAAGCAAGAGCCUUCAUUACUCAUGGGGGGACGCACGGCAUCUAUGAGGGCAUCUGUCAUGGUGUUCCCAUGGUCAUGCUUCCUCUCUUCGGUGACCAGGCUGAUAAUGUGCACCGAGUGGCAACUCGAGGGGUGGGAGUCAUCCUUAGCAUCCACGACAUCACUGUGGAAACACUGCUCGAUGCCCUCAACAGCGUUAUUAACAACAGCAGCUACAAGCAAAAAAUGCAGAAGCUGUCAGCAAUACACAAUGACCGUCCCAUUCAGCCCCUGGAUCUUGCAGUGUUUUGGACAGAGUUUGUAAUGAGACACAAAGGCGCAGAUCACCUGAGACCUGCUGCUCACGAGCUGAACUGGCUUCAGUACCACAGUCUGGAUGUGAUCGGCUUCAUGCUCCUGAUUGUCCUGAUUGUGACUCUGGCCAUGCUUAAAUGCUGUUCGCUCUGCUGGAGACGCUGCUGCAGAAAAACACAGAAGCGGAAGGAAGACUGAUCCAAUAGAGAUAAAAGUCUAGUAUCAUGUUUUUUCUAAGUCUAAUGUUUCGUUUCAGAUUUACAAGCCAAAGUCAUGAAAGCAACUUGACGCCU